ACAUGUUUGGAUCGUUUUGCAAGCUUUUGCCGGUUCGCUAUUUCCAUUCAUCCCCAGUUGUUCGUGUUACCAAGUUUAGUUUUUCGUGCGCACAUUGGGUACCGUGCUCGUGUAGCAGAAAGAAGAAGAGAUCCAGAGUGGAAUUUUUCAGUGAAAAUUUUCGUGAUUGUCGUGACGUCUGAACAGUAAGCUAAAAGCGAUAAUUAUGUCGGCCAAUACGGUGCUACUGGAUUUCUCGCUCGAUCCAACCCGCAUCGGUGAUGAAGUAUCGCGCAAGGAUAUCGUGAAACUGUGUAAGGAGCACCUGGAAAAAUAUCUGCCCGGGCUGAAAAUCACCUAUGAUAUGCUAACAGAGGAUGGAUACCUGUGCAUGCUGACCGCGGCCAGUGCAAUCGUCACAACCAUUCGAUUCUUCAACCAAGGACUGAUUACUAUCAAUAUCGAAUACUACCGGGCAGAGCGCGAACCGCCCAAAAUAUCCUUCGAACAAAUAAAAUCGCUAGAGAAUAAUUUACGCAUAAAAUUGGAGGCGAAUCGUUCCAAACACCUCCCACCGAUAAAAAGAGGCAGUAAUAUUGACGUAUAUUUAACAAGCUCAGACGAGCGCGUGAUCGAGUAUGACAUCGACAAGGUGCUUUACGACAAACGUUCUGACUUCCAGAAGAUCCAGAUUGUUCACUCCAAGAGUCUUGGCAACAUGCUCGUUCUGGAUGAGCUGCAGAACAUUGCAGAAGCCGAUCUAAUCUAUACCGAAACGUUGAUGCGCCGUGGUGUGGAAGACUACAAGGGUAAGGAAAUUUGUAUUCUCGGCGGCGGUGAUGGGGCAUUGCUAUACGAGCUACUUAAGGAAGAGCCCAAACACGUCGUGAUGUUGGAGAUCGAUGAGCUGGUCAUGCAGGCAUGCAACAAGUACAUGAAUUCAAUCUGUGGCGACGUACUGGAGAGACGCAAGAGUGACAACUUUGAGAUCAUUGUCGGCGAUUGUAUGGUUUACCUCAACAAAUACAUCAAGGAAGGGCGAAAAUUUGAUUACGUCUUUGGUGAUUUAACCGAUAUUCCGAUUUCGGAUACUCCGACCGGUGAAAUCUGGGAGUUUAUUUUAACGAUUUUGGAGUCUUCCUUUAAGGUUUUGAAGUCGGACGGCAAAUUCAUGACGCAUGGUAAUGGAGUCAGCUGUCCUGAAUCUCUUGAGAUGUACGAAGAACAGCUCGCCAAGCUAUCACCAAAGGUUAGUUUUACUAAAUGCUCCGCGUUUGUGCCGUCUUUCAUGGAAGAAUGGGUAUUCUAUCAAGUCCAGUCUCAAUCAGCUGUAACAGCCAGCGUUUGACUUCCACAUCGCUGUGAGACCUGUGAAUUCAAAGCUUCAGCCAUUUUUCAAAAAGUUCCCGAUUUUCUAAGCCAUCAUUGCGCUCGAUAUACCAGUAAAAUGUCAAUAGCUAUGAUAGUGUUCUUACUUCCAGUGUUGAUAAUAUUGAUACUCUCGAAAAGUAGCAUUUUAUCUUAUCAGGACACCUUACCGCAAUCGAUGCACAGUAGUAGAUACUUGUUAUAGUAGAUCUUCUAAAUAGUCACCAAAAUCGUUAUUGCAAUAAGUUGUUACGAAUGAGGCACAUGUCGGUUAGACGAAUAUCCAGAAUACGUUUUUCGUUUUAUGUUUAUGAUUUAGUAGAAAGGAUCGAGCAGCACAAAGCAUUUACGUGGUAGUUACGAACGAAUAACGCUCGAAGUAAUCAAAUAGUUCCUUUAAUUAAUAUAUUUUACGUUUUAUUUGGUGACUUCAGUAAUUUUGAACUACGUAAUGUCAACAGUGUUUCAUUCAGUAGGUUUUCUGUGUGAUACUAAAACAAUUAAUAUGAUUAGAAGAGAUAGGACAAGUCAGUACUUAAAAUAUACUAGUAGUACCUAGUAGCAUACUCUGUGUUACGAUUCGCACUGCGCUGUUGAAGAGCAAGAUUAUCUUCAAAUACAACCUUCAAAACGACACAUA